AUGGGAGAAGAAAACCAAACCCACGUGACUGAAUUUGUCUUCCUGGGACUUUCACAGGAUCCCCAGACACAGGUCCUGCUCUUCGUCCUUUUUCUGAUCCUCUACCUUCUGACUGUGCUGGGAAAUCUGCUUAUCAUCGUGCUCAUUCACACAGACUCCAAGCUCCACACACCCAUGUACUUUUUCCUUAGCAACUUGUCCUUUGCCGAUGUCUCUUUUUCUACCACCACAGUCCCCCAGGUGCUAGUCCACUUCCUGGUAAAGGAGAAAACCAUUUCCUUUGCGGGAUGCGCAACACAGAUAGUUGUUUUACUACUGGUUGGGUGUUCCGAGUGUGUCCUGCUGGCGGUGAUGUCCUAUGACCGCUAUGUGGCCGUCUGCAAGCCCCUGCGCUACGCCACCGUCAUGACCCAACAAGCGUGUCUCCGGCUGGCCGUGGGGUCCUGGGCCGGCGGCGCCCUGGUGUCUCUGGUGGACACCACCUUUACUUUCCAACUUCCCUAUCAAGGACGGAACGUGAUCAAUCACUACUUUUGCGAGCCCCCUGCCCUCCUGAAGCUGGCUUCAGCAGACACCCACGAGACGGAGACGGCCAUCUUCGCAAUGGGCGUGGCCAUCCUCCUGGCGCCUGUCGCCCUCAUCCUCGUCUCCUACGGGAACAUCGUCUCCGCCGUGAUCCAGAUGCAGUCUGGGGCGGGGAGGCUCAAAGCUUUCUCUACCUGUGGCUCCCAUCUCAUUGUCGUUGUCCUCUUCUACGGCUCAGCAAUAUUCGCCUACAUGCGGCCAAACGCCAAAACAAUGAAUGAAAGAGAUAAAGUGAUCUCUGUGUUCUACUCAGCAGUGACACCCAUGCUGAACCCCAUCAUUUAUAGCCUCAGGAACAAGGAGGUCAAAGGGGCUCUCAGGAGAGUGACUGCAAAAUAG